GUGAAAUAUAUUUUCCCGACUAAAUUAAAAGUUCAACGCAGAUGUCACACUUUCUCCAAUAAGUGUCAUUUUUAAUUUAGCCGUAUUUCUCAGUGUUUAUAACCUAUAAGUGAUGAUAGAUGCUAUUAUUUCAUAAUUUAAAAUAUAUUCAAUUAGAGAAAAAUGAAUAAACUAACAUCAUAUACGAUAAAAGAAUUGCACAAAGCAUAUCAUGACAAAAUCCUGACGCCUAUAAGUUUUGUUGAUUUAUGUUUGCAAAAAGCGAGACAAACGAGUAAAUUAAAUGCAAUAGUUACUAUCACAGAAGAUGUCGCAGAAACGCAGGGAAUUGAGAGUGAAAAGAGAUUUUAUAUUGAGAAAAAUAUCAAACCUCUGGACGGGAUAACGAUAGCUGUUAAAGAUAAUUUCUGCACUAAAAAUAUCCCUACAACUUGCGCGUCGGAAAUGUUAAAAGACUUUAUACCAACUUAUGAUGCGACUGUAUACUCUAAAUUAAUUGACAAUGGUGCUUGUUUGAUUGGGAAAAGUAAUUUAGAUGAAUUUGCCAUGGGUUCUGGAACAGUAGACUCUAUUUUUGGUCCGACUCGUAAUGCUUGGGGAUAUAACGGUGAUUCUGAUUGGAGAAUAGCUGGUGGCAGUUCCGGAGGUAGCGCUGUAGCUGUAAGCACAGGAGUUUGUGUUGCUGGUAUUGGUUCGGAUACAGGAGGCUCAACGAGAAACCCUGCAGCAUUAUGUGGUGUGGUUGGAAUUAAACCUACAUAUGGUCUUGUGUCUAGAUAUGGGCUGAUACCUUUAGUUAAUUCGAUGGAUGUGCCUGGGAUAUUAGCAAGAAAUGUUGUAGAUGCGACAAGGAUUUUAAACUGUGUUGCAGGACCUGAUCAUUUAGAUUCAACUACAAUAAAAAGAGAUUUUAAACCUAUAGAGUUGAAGGAUAUUGAUUUAUCAAAAGUAAAAAUAGGAAUACCAACUGAAUACCAUUGUGAGGGUAUGAGUAAAGAAAUUAUUGAUACAUGGAGUUUUGUAGCUGAUUUACUUGAGAAAGAAAAAGCUAUAAUUAAAACAGUAUCUAUGCCACAUACAUCUGUGUCUAUAGCUGUUUAUUCUAUAUUAAACCAAUGUGAAGUUGCCAGUAACAUGGCACGGUAUGAUGGUUUAGAGUUUGGACUAAGAACUAAUGAAGAUUAUUCAACCGAGGAACUGUACGCUUCAUCGAGAUCUCAAGGCUUCAAUAAUGUCGUCAGAUCACGAAUAUUUGCAGGGAAUUAUUUCUUAUUAACAAGGAAUUAUGAUAAAUAUUUCCUCAAAGCUUUGAAGUUACGUAGACUGAUUGCUGAUGAUUUUAAAAAUGUUUUUAACGGUGAUAAUGGUGUUGAUGUACUGCUUACCCCGACUACUCUGUGUGAUGCACCGUUGUAUGGUGAUUUUGUAUCUAAACAUAACAGAGAUCAAUGUGCUUUUCAGGAUUAUUGUACUCAACCAGCGAAUAUGGCUGGCAUACCAGCGGUUUCAAUACCUAUACGCUUAUCAAAUAACAAAUUACCCAUUUCAUUGCAAAUAAUGGGACCAAAUCUUUCCGAAGAAUUGUUGUUAAAUUUAGCUAAAAGGAUUGAAAGUAUUGUUAACUUUCCUACUAUAGAUACUGCAAAUUGUAUUUCGUAAUUAGCUUAUAGCUUAUAGAGCGUCGGUGGCUCAGUGGUUUAAGCACUUGUCUUGUAAUCUACAGGUCUUGGGUUUCGAAUCCCGCUGU